GGAGGAUGUGAGGGAGCAGAGGGGGGAGGUUAAAGAGAAUGGGAGGAGGUCGGGGAAGGGGAACAUGAUGAGGGUGAGAAGCAAUAAAUUGAAGGAAGUCUUGAAGGACGACAGCAAGGUGGAGGAGCAGACAGAGGUCCAAGAAGAAGGGAAGGAAGUCUUGAAGGACGAGGUGAAGGAAGAGAUGAAAGGGGAAAGCUCAGAGGACGGUGGGUGGAGCGGCGUGCCGCGGUGCAGUCUAGAGACGCCUCGCCGUGGGGACUGGCUACGAAAACACCGCAACUUCACUGACACCUUUUUACGAAUGCACCCUUCUCGGGGGUCGCCCGAAAGGUCAUCGAGCUCAUUGUCAGGGGUCACGGCAGUGUCAGGAGGAGGAGGAGGAGGAGGAGGAGGGGGCGGAGUCUAUCGCCUGACCCCGGACUCUGUCCUCCGUUGGUUCUACCCGGCGGUCCAGCGCUGCCUAGCAACCGUGCGCUACCCUUUCGAGCAACGCUGUACGCUGAGUCUGGCACUCGCCGACGACCGUGUGCAGCUCCGCCUCACACCGCGUUCCGACUACGUCUGCUGUCACAUCUCCAUGGCAAUACGGCUCCUCCCUGCCAUCCCCCUCGGAGACGGGGUCUACCUGGUUCCCGUGGAAACGACGGCCUCAGUGGCGAUGUCAAAUACAGACCAGCACCAGAACCAGCAGAGCGAGGAGAGGGACCUGUGGACUUUGUUCUUCCCCCGCCAGGAGCAGCGUCUGCUGGGCUGGCUCCGUGGCCGCUCACCACAACCCUCCUGCCACCUCAAGGUGCUCCAGCUGACCAAGGCGCUGCGUGACCUGGGUGGCCAGGCACUGGACAGCCACCGGGGGGCGCUCUGGAGGUCAGUCCUCUCCUCCUACACGCUGAAGACGGCCUGGCUGCGUCUGCUACUCAGCUCUCCUGCAGAGGCCUGGGAGGAUCGCCACCUGGUGGCCAGGAUGGAGGAGCUGGUCCGCAGCCUGAGGGAGAGCCUCCAGAACCGGGCUCUGGAUCACCUCUUCCUGGGGAGUGACAGCAGCUCCAUCUUACCUGACUCUGUGGCUCUACCUAAGUUGGUCAAGGAGGCGGUGGGAGCUCCAGUGGAGGGUUCAGGGGGAUGUUUGGGGGGUUCGACAGGGAACCUCUGGGCAGGUGUGGACCCAGCCUCGUUGGACCUAGUGUCUGGCCGGUUGGCGUAUGCCUGGAGCCAUCUCCACCGGCUGAUCAGGUUGGGCCGACCCCAGAGGAGUAGCUUGGGGCUGGGCAGGGCAGGCAACAUAAACUGCCAGCAUCUGCAACCUGGAGAAUAACACACUUAAAAGGAUUACAGGUGAAAACGGAGGUUCACAGCUAAUAUCCUCCAACAACGGGCCGAGUCAAACAGACAGAUACAUAGACAGACGGGAUGGAUGAAACACCAGGCUACUUGCACAUCCAAUGGUUGUACAGGAGCUACUGGUCUAGAAUAAAACGAAAGCCUACAACAGUGAUGGGACGUUCUCUGAGUCAUCCCUCUUAACCAGUCACGAAUGGAAAUCAUAGGGAAUGUGUGAAUUUGUAAUUUAUGAAUUUGUAAUUUAUGAUUUUGUAAUGAAUACAUGUGUCAUUUUUCCCCGGUACCAAAUGAAUGAGGUUUCAUUCAAAACCAGAGUGAUUGUAUGUCUGCUUCUGGCGGUGUCCCUAUUGGCACCCUAUUUUGUAUUUAGUGCACUACUUUCCCAUAGGACUCUGGUCCAAAGUAGUGCACUAGGCAAUAGGGUGCCUUUUUGGGAUGCACUUCUGUGUUCUGUGCUGUAUGUAUUAUCAGACAGUGUAAUAGGCAGGGUACACUCCCAGUUUAAAGACAGACAGUGUAAUAGGCAGGGUACACUCCCAGUUCAGAGACAGACAGUGUAAUAGGCAGGGUACACUCCCAGUUCAGAGACAGACAGUGUAAUAGGCAGGAUACACUCCCAGUUCAG